UGUGAACGACGAAGUAAAGCACAGGGCAACCGCACCACAGACGGAACAAACACAGAACACCAAGCAAUCCCCAUAAACCCUGAACUAAAUACAUCCCGUGAAGAGGGGUAUGAUGGGGACCCCUGCCAGACGAUCCCCUCUCGAGCAUUCUGGGGGAGCCCGCCAAGUGUCUCUCUCUGCCCCCCAACACUACACAGCCUCCACCUGGCUGGUUAACUGUCCUCAAUAACAAUAGUCAUCAUAAAGUCCUUUAAGCGUUGGGGGCAGUCUGCACUGGUGCUGAGGCUGCUCCAGUAGCUCCUGGGAGGGUGGUAGAGGGGGGUCUGGAGCAUGUGGCUGGCUCCUGUUGUCUGGUGCUCCCCCCUCAGGUGAAUACGUGGGCUGGUGUGAUGUCCGUCUGUUCCUGUGAAGCACCACCUGGUUCCACUUACUCAGUCUCACCCUGUACAGCGCAUCUGGUCCUGCUGCCGGGUAGUACGCGAACGCUGGGUCAGCCCCCUGCAAUGUCUCCAUGUCAAAGUUAAACUCACAGGUAUGACUGAAUUAGAAGCCUCAGGGGUGGGGGAGCAUACCCCACCCUACAUGAUCUUUCUGGUGGUCUUCCUCUUCUUCCUCACUGGAUUGCUGGGCUUCCUCAUCUGCCACCUGCUCAAGAAGAAAGGCUACCACUGCCGAACCGGAGACAUGGAUGAAGAAGAGGAAAAGGAGAAAGUUGGAGGGAAUGCAGACGAUGAGGAUGAAGAGAACCAGGAUACAGUGGAGCAAAUCCUCAAAUGCAUCCUUGAAAAUGAAGCUAACAUGGAAGCCUUCAAUGAGAUGCUGGGAAACCACAACAUCUGUGCGCUCCAUGAUCCCAGGUUGCGUAAGGAGUCUAUCGGCAGUGUUCCUCCCCAUCACCACACAGUCCACUCAGGCGCAGCACACAACAACUGCCACCUCUGUGCCCAGGUUCGAUCUAAAAAGGGACGCAGACAAAACAAAACUCCCCGAUCCAAACAGCGACUUGGAGAACAGACUGUCUUCUCUGUUGGCAGAUUUCGGGUGACACAUACUGAUAAGAAGCUUAAUGGAGGUCCCAAUGCAUUAGUCAGUUCAGGGGACCAGCUGGACCAAUCCCAGGACAGUGAGGAGCGUAAAGAGGGUGGGUACAACCUGAGAAGCAUGUUCAAGGAUGCCCAACCUUCCUCAGAGAGUGCCAAUGGGCUUGCCCGAAAUGUUGGGAAGCGAAAGAAGAGUGUAACUAUAUUUGGGCUCAGGCGGGGCAGUGACCCUGUUGGAAUUAAAGGAGUGGAGGGAACAGUUGGGGAGAUCGGAGCUGUUAAAUUUGCUAUUCAGCAUCAACCUGUAGUGCUGGAGGAGUCAACACAAGGAGAGAACACUGAGCUUGUUGCUGAACCUGGUACUCAACCUGGUUUCAAACCUGAAACUGAGUUCCAAAAGAAUCAGUUACCCACUCUACUGCAACAUGAGACUGAGACAGUAGGUUCUGCUAAUUCUGCUUCUUCUCAAAGUAAGGAACAGGCACACAACUCUAGCUCUGCUCCUGGGAAUGACUCUAAUGAGCUGAGUCCUGAACCUUGUAUGAACCUAACAAUCAAACCUUGCCUUGGAAAUGCAGCAAAGUCUGCCCCCAGUUUGCUUCUUAUUCCAUCUCCAACAUCGUCCAGACGGACAUUUAAGACAACUGAGAGACAAGCAGAUGUCAAGCAUAAGGUGUUAGAAUAUGAGGAGGCAUAUGAUCCUGGACCACUACAGACCUCUACACCAACUGCCCCCAUGCCACAGUCCAUUUCAGCUUUCACUCUUCCUGUGAUUCCCAUUGGUCAACAUGAAACCUAUUCUAGCACAGGUUUUCCCAACACCCAAACUCCCCCAGAACCAAGUUCCAGCACAGAUCUGGAACUAGGUUUUGGUCCUAGUCUAGGUUUAAUAAGCUUAGGUUCAUCUCCUCAAUCUUCAUUCCCAACCAAGACCCUAUCUUCAGCUUCUUCAUUAAAAACUCCUACCUCACCCUUGGUGGUCACACCAAGCCCCAAACUAAGCUCAAGAAAUACACCAUCAGAUGUUGCAAAAACUGCCUUUCCCCCACCCUCACUCCAAGCCCCAAACUUCCAUCAAGUCGAGCAAUGUCUAGCCAGUCCUAUGGAAAAAAACAUUAGUUCAGUGCAAUCCCGAACUCCCUCCCCUGCUUUGUAUGCUAGCCCCAAUCUUGACACCAUGCCAGUAUCAUUACAAACUCCCACUUCUUCUUCAGCUGACCAGAACCCAUCCUUCAGGAGUUCACCCCAUUUGAGUUUGAAAUCAGAAAGUGUGCUCCCUGUAACAGCUAUGACCAAAAGGCAUAUGGCUUCAAGUCCAUUAUCUUCAGAUAAACUAGAGUUAGAAGGAGGUAGAAUCCCAAAGACAGAGGAAAGGACAGAAAUAAGGAGGCUUAAAACUGCUAAGCCUUCACCAGUUGAGGGAGAUUUUAAAGGUUCUGCCCUUUCCGCUCCAUCUGCUCAGCCUUCAAGCAAAAAACUGAGCAGUUUGCCUCUGUCACCUUCUAGCCCAUUGUCCCCUUCCUCGCCUGUCGGGAGCAGAAUAAGUAGUGUGACCAUUGUCAAAGCCAGCCCGGACAGCAAGAGAGAGUUUUCAGUUGUCACUAUGGUGGAGGAUGAAGAAUUGUUUACUUCAGUAAAAGACCAGAAAGGAGCCACUUUUGAUGUUGGGGUUGGAUCUAACAGCAUGGGAAUUAGUCCAGCAGUUGGUCAUGGAGGAGAGGUUUCUGUUUUAGAUGCUGGACAACCUGAGCGUCAAAGAGGAGAGACUUCUGGAUCUGAGGUUGAGCUAAUGUUAAGCCAGGAGAAAUAUGACAUGAUGGAGAUGGAAGAUAUUGGAGACUGCAAGGUGACCCAGGUACAAGAAGAAGAGCAGCUGGAGUAGGUGAAGAAGCUGCUGUUACCUCAGUUGAAAGAGGACUGAGAGGUGAAUUCUCAAGAUGGUGAAUAGUUCCAAGUGGAGUGGCAUCACUCAGCAGGAUAUAGGAAGGGAAAUAAUAGUAAUAAUGGUAGUAACAAAGUCAAACCUUUCAUUUCGUAUGUGCACUUCUUUGCGAUAAUCUGAUGGCAUCUGAACAUGUAAGCUUCAUGUCAUAAUGAAAUGUAAAAGUUGAGACAGCAAUCAUGCUAGGUCAGACCUAGAAACAUUUACGUGUUACUUUCAACAUGGCACAAAUCAGAACUACCUGCAGUAGCAUUAAUGGAUAGCACAUGCAAAAUUACAACAAUCUUGUGUGAAUUACAAAUAUUGCACACACAGUGUGGCACCCUCUGUCCUUGGCCUGGGUUUGAAUAAAACUGUGAGGAACAUAUUGACUGUCGUUACAUGUUUGAAAGAAUAAAUCAAAUACAAAUACAAAUACAAAAAACAUUAGUGUAAAAGUGACCUACAGUAUGUCAGGCACUGUUUUAAUAGACUGAUGAAGCUAGCAUUGGUAUGGAUCCCAUGUCUGAAAUGAGCUUACAAGCUCUAGGGAUGGCACCGUCAGUCAGUGCACCACUCUGAUCCAUACUAAAAUAUCUCUGCCGAUAGUUAGUUCAUGGUUCCCAAAUGAUUACUCCUACUGACUUUCAUGAUUCCUUGACUUUUCCUUUAGCACUACCAUGAGGUUAACUUGUCGGUGGACCUUCCCGGCAGGCAAGGCAGGCAGUUGCCUGGGGCCUCCAACUAAAGGGGACUCAAAAGCCACAAAUGCACUAUAAUGUUUUCAUACAAUACUUACAAAUUGCUUUAUUAUUCAAAGGAACAUAGCCUACUCUGCAAUACCUUAUAAAAAUGCUCUAAAAGCACCUCAUUUAGCAUCCACCCCACCCCAACACCUUACAGUACAUGCUAAAGCCUGACACUAUCAGAGUCCCAUAUAUGACAUAAACUCUCAGACUAGCUAAACUUCCACAGAAUAAACUCUGCAGUACUCAAAGAUAUGACUUAAGACAAAGGUUUAAAUUUUGUAUUUUAAAAUAUGAAGUGUAUUUUGAAGUUUUAUUUGAAACAAAGACCGGUGAUGUUUUAUACCAAUGACUACAGUAGAACUCUACACUAACACAGUAUAUGUCUUUUGUUCCUUCUCAUUUGUCUAUAUAGUAGAACUCACAGGCCGCAAAAGUGUUUGUCGUUACCUUUGAAAAUAUUCACUACAGUAUAUUUAGAUUUUAGGUUUUCUAAUUCCAAUGUUGGAGCAGUCUGUUUUCAGAGCACUGGCUUCUUUCAGCACAGUAUAUCUAUAUACUAUCUAACUACUACAAAAAGGUGGUCAUUCAAUAGCCUCCAACAACAAUCUAAAGACAAUUUCCAAAGAGUACACGGCAUUAAUUCAUUUCUUUUAACGACACAAUUUUAAGAAAAAUUCAAUUUGUAUUUAUGUAGUUGGGACUAUGCUGGCGUGCAGCCUAGUACACAUUCAUGCCUCAGGUCAUGGAUACAGAAACAGAAGACGUUUACUAGCCACAGUUCAAAAGUUUAAGGGCAGAGGUCAGCAUCAUUUCCUGGCCAUUAUGGGAAACUGACCAGGAGGUCUGUGGUCUGCUGUCCUAAUUUUCCUUUCACUCUGUCUUCCAUUUGCUCAUGAAUUUUCAUCUCAUUCAUCUUCAGUCUGACAUGUGAACAGAAUGUCUUCACACAAUGCACAUCUAAAAAGAUUCACUACAUUCUCUUUACUCAGGCCGCUUCAGUAUAUGUAGAUUUUUUUCAUGACCUGAUCAUAUCUGUAAGAUUUUAUUGUGACGUGUGUGUGUGUCUCUCUCUCUCCUGAUCACUAGACACAUCACGACUUCACAUGUGCUUCUGUCACCCAGAGUCAAAACUAGAGUAAAUUAAUAUGUUGUCAUUUUGAACACAGUGGGCGGACUUGUGUUGAAAAGUUCAACAUAAUCUUGUAAAUGACACUGCUCAAAGUAAAGAGGACUGUUGUUUGUUUGUUUAACUUUUGCACUAUAUCUAAAGCCAUUUUAGAAGUAUAACAAUUGACUAAAUGCACCAUAUAUCUACACUACACUGCAAAUAGGCUUUAUAGAAUAAUGUAUAGCCUAUAAAAUGUGUAUGACCUGUUCUAGCUGGACAGCUUUCAGUAGACAUACAGUAUUACAGUAUUAAACAAAUACAGAACAAUGUGAAACUGUCUAUAAUUUCAUUUCGGUAAAGUGACCUUUGAAUGUCACACAGUGGUGGAAGAAGAACUCAGAUCCUUUACUUAAGUAAAAGUAACAAUACCACAAUGUAAAAAUACUUUGUUACAAGUAAAAGCCCUGCAAUGAAAAUAUUACUUAAUUAAAAGUAUAGAAGUAUCAGCAUCUAAAUCUAGUUAAACUACUAAAGGUAAAGGUAUUCAACACAAUGGUGCAUUUAACUUUAAUUUUAGAUUAUAAUUACUGAUGCAUCAUAUUUAAAAUGUCGCAGCUGGGGAGUUAGGAGGUAUUGUUUUUUUCUUUCUUUCCUAGGGGAGUGGGGGCCUGGAAGACUUUGUUUUUAAAUGGUUUCAAACAAUCUUUGCCACUUGGCACAAUGUUAACAUGCAAAAUAAACCUCAGUCCCCGUCCUUUGGUCGAAGCAUUCAUAGUCCAUCCAUAUUAGAGCUUCCUGUCGUAUACAAAACUGUCUUUCAUUCAGUUUAUCAUUUUCAUUUCCUGGUAAUCAUUAAAAUGAUGUAUAAGGUACAGUAUACCCUUGGAAUAUCACUUUUCAAAAUCUUUGAUCUCCUUUUUCUGUUCGGCCAGAAUCCCUGUUCUACUGGCAAGUCCCAGAAAAUAGGAGAAUGAUCUGUCAUUCCACACUUCGCCAGCACAGAGCUGUUGAGGUGGACUGACACUGUUCUUUUUAAUUCUGUCCAGAAGUAACUAUUGUUGCCUUUAUGGGAAUCAAUAAUAAUUACAUUCAUCUCAUUUUUCAUAAAAUGUAUCUUCUGCCACACCAGGUAAUAAGUUUCUGUUAUGGAUGAUGGACGAUGUGUUUUUAGUGGGUACAUGUUGCUCUAAUACACUAAUGAAUUAGUGUUCCAUGUUUGCUGUCUUUUUUACCAUCUCCCACUCUAGGGGGACCUUUUACAGAAUGUAAACAUCACUUGAGGGCAGUGCAAACUGGUGUUGUAACACAGAGAAAGACUUAUUUUCAUCAAACAACAACAUGAAUAUGAAAAAGGACAAACACAGAUGAGGCCCACUGGGUUGGUUUUUCAUUCACUUUCCACUUCAGCCUCUUGUAUCUUAAUUUUAACUUUCAGCCAACAUAGCACUAGCUCUUGGUAUCUGUGUGGACCAUGAAAAUACAUGAUGUUUCUCUCACAUGGGGGCCACGGCUGUAGAGAGAACAGUUUAUUGUUAAUAGUGAGAUGUCUAAUGUUAAUGUUUAGAACCACCAGAAUUCUGUGAUUCCAGUUGGAUCAAAUCAGGGGGUUUGUGAUGAUUUUGAGAGCUGUGUAAUGUAUUUUCUCCUUGGGCCUAUAAUAUACAGUAUGUACAGUAUUAUACACAACCUGAUGUGCGAUACUUGUAAAUAGUCAGAUGUAUCCUAAAUGAUUCUAUGAAAUAAAAUGU